AUGGCACUGAUUUGGACCCAGGGCGAGACGAUUGUUAUGGUGAAAAGGGCGUCUCGUACGAGCACGCAAAUUCACGUGGUGGCCGCGGAAUGGGACAGCUCGAAUGAUUGUUUCGUUCUCAGCGGUCGAAUCGUCAUUUCAGUCGCAGCUGAUGCCGAGCUCUUGACGGGAGGAUCGGUUCUGGACUCCGAAACUGGAUUAUUACGUUCGUACGUGGUUCUGGGUAGGGCAGAAUCAAUCUACAUAUGGUGUCUAGAUUUUGAACAGGCCCGUCCCGACCUUGUUGUCAAGCUCCCUUUGCCGAACUCGUCGUCCAUCAGCUCCAAAACAUCCGGAUGCAGCGUGAAAGACUGCUGGCUUGUGGAUGGACCAAUUGUAGUCGCGGUAUGGAAAGGGCAGUUGCUGCUAGUAACAUCAAAAGCUUCUUACGGGUCCACAGAGUUUUCUGCUGAAUCCGAAGAUCCUCAGGGCGAGAUAUUUAACACCCCUUGGGAAGCACAUGUGCUGUGCUCUCCUCAAAGUAGCGAGCAACUGUCACUGAAGGUUCAAUUCUGUGGUGAUGUCGCAAGAAAUGAAAGUCAGGUGGCCAUCAUUAGUUUCACAGCAUCCAGUGGUAAACGCCCGAGGACAUGCUCGGUGUCGAAUGAAAGGUAUCUCCAGAGCUGGUCAUAUUACAACUUGAUCUUGGAUCCUGAGGUUCCGAUAGCUCAUGAGCAAUCAAGCACUGGCAGUGGGUUGAAGUUCAUUCCCUCUAAGCAGAUCCCCGUUGAUCUAGAUCCAAGACUUAUUUCUUGCAUCCAACCUGUGACUGUCGUGCCUUCGACAAAUGGAGAUGACUCUGAUUACAUCUUCGUCGGAACUAAGGACAAAAGGCUACUUAGAUAUAGAUGUGGUCAACUUGUGGAUGUUACGCACUUGGACGCGAUUCCUUCCCAGCUAAACUUCGGAGUCGUGGCAGGAGGCCAGGGAGUCCUACUCGUUGUCCUGGAUGACCUGCAGCAAAAGGUGUUAGCUGUAUGUCCUGAAUCGCUUCAAGUCCUGCAAGAUUGGAGCAAAGUUUGGCAUGUUGUCAUCGGUGACUUCGUCAGCUCUGGGUAUGACCAAAUCGUUCUUCUGCACAUUGCUUCUGCAUCGUCAGCGGAGGAGGGCCUAAGUUCUCCCGGCGCACAGCUUGAGCUGAACUUUACUGUUAUACAUGGUUUCAGUACAGUCACCUGCGAAGGCUUGCAGCAAGGCACACAACGACAUUUGGCAGAAACCAAAGUCAUCAAUGACUGCAAGUUGUCUGGUAUGGAUACUAUCUGUAAGGCCCUGCAAGACAGAGUAGAAGCUGGACUCAGUCAGCUGCAAGUCGCAAGGAAUGAGAGAGAAUCGAAAGGGGAGCUUGUGCGCAUCUCCAGCUGCCUUAUGCAGAACAUGGUCACUAGGUGGGCACAUGAAGAACAGUCAAAAGCAAACGUAGAAGGAAAAUCUGGUACAUACAGCGUCACCGAACAGGGCAGGUUGGAGUUGGUGCGUGCUACGAGUGUGUGGAGCCGAGUUUGCGGAACAAACUGGUUUCUUAUGGUUGAAAUCGAAAUGACACCAGACGGAAGACCCGAUGUUGUUCUGCAUCAUGUGAGUUUGCUUCUAUCAAGUCAGAACUGUUCCAUAGGAGGGAAAUCAUCAGUUUUGAAGUCACACUCUUUUGGAGACAAACGUGCGACCCUUGUUGUAUGUAUACCAUAUCACGAGUUUUCUCUACGUCCUCGUCUUCCAUUCAAUAUCUCCGUUAGAGCCAAGUUGCCUCCAGGUCACGAAUCUGUCCGUACGUCUGAAAGCUGUGAUCCUGCGAGGCGAACGUCUGGAGAUGUAUAUACACAGUGGCUUGGAAGCUCUGAGGUUGUCUAUCUCACUUCAGCACCAACUCUCAAGCCCAAGGAAGCGUGUACAUUAUUAGAACAAGUUGGAGAGCAGGUGCAGUUCGUGAUUGGAGCCAAAAGUGAAGAACAUUUACUGCAGCUGUCGGCGUAUAUGCAAUCAGCUCUUCGCAUGCACGAGCUCCCUGAUGAUAAGCAAGAGCGUGAAAACACUCUGAGAUGGUUCAACUUGUGCUCAGCUGAUGGACAUGGACCGUAUGUAGCAAAUUUAUGCUUCUCGGGACUUCAUGGCAUCAUUAGACUGAGAUCUGUUGAUGCUGACCUGUUGGCAGGACUUGAACAAACCUCAGUUGAACUCUUUACUCAACAUCGAUACGAGAUUCUUUCCAGGAUUAUUCCUCAUGAAGCGUUGGAGAAAUUGGACAGUUUUAUCAAGACAUUACGAAAACAUUUGGCUGUGCAGAACUCAUUGAUGCAAAGAGGCCAUGAGAGUUCAAGUAAGGAAAGCCGAUUGGUAGCUCUAAAGCUUGAUAGAGCAGUCGAUGAAAGGUUCUCUGAGAUAUGGGCUUCACUAAUAUAA